AUGGAUGGUUACGACCCUGGUUCAGCCAUGGGCGGCUACUAUUACGACAACCCUCAGGUGGCGGCGCCGCCCUUUGAUACUUCUCCGGCGGCCGGACAGAGCGGGUACCCAGCUCCCCUCAACGGAGUUGAGCUUCAAGCUUCGGACACCUGCCCGAAGAACUACAUCAUCGUGGAUCAGACUGAUAACAGAAGCCGGAUCAUGUUCCACCCUGCACUGGCGCAGAAAUUCGGCUACCAGAACUUCGACAUCGGCAGAGCUUUCGAACCCGACUAUGGCAGGAACCAUGGCAGGCAGAGCGACAACCUGGACAGGGCCUCGUCUUCUCUCAAGGAGGAUUCAGACGACAUCGACGCGCUGCUCAGUUUGGAGGACGAGGACGAGGAAGACGACGUCGUCAGCACGGGGCGUACCCCCGGGAGCUACGGGGGCAACUCACCGGACUCCGUCUCCUCCGCGGACAGGAUCCCAUUCGAGUGCUCCAUGAGCGGCGCCGCCGGCGGGCCAAAGAAGAAGGAGAGGAUGAAGAAGAUGGUGAAGAAGCUGAGGGGCAUCAUACCGGGGGGAGAGCAGAUGGACACCCCCGCUGUCCUCGACGAGGCCGUCCGCUACCUCAAGUCCCUCAAAGUGGAGGUGAAGAAGCUCCAGAACUUCAAGAACUGA